AUGCCAACAGAUAUCAAAACUUUAUUAGGAAUUUUAAAUAAAUUUGAAAUCCUCUUUUCAGAAGUGCCUGAAAGUGUAAGCACCUACCAGGCAUCAUUGAAUGAGAUAAAUAGCUUUGUCAUAAGUUGUGCUCAGGAUGAAAAAUUUAGAGAUGAGCUUGCUAAUUCAGAACAUGUUUGGAGGUCUUCAAAGGCAUGUUUUGAGAAAAUUUUACUGAAUGAAAAAUCUCUAAGUGGACUAAGUAAAUUUGAAGGUAUCCAUUUUUGGUAUAUGAGAUCAUAUAGAGCUAUUUUGGUACUAUUAAGAAAUUUAUCUGUGAGUAAUCAGAAAAUACCGAAUGAUUUACUGUUACAAAAUAUGAUAAUUAAAACCUUUAUUACUAUAAUAUCAAGAGAAACAGUGAAAUUUGAUGAAAUGACAACUACUUGUUAUAUUAAUACCUUAACUCUAUUACACAACAUAACAAAAACUUUUAUUAUAUUUGAUAAAUCAGUCUUGGAUCAGACAAUGGCUCUUUUGGAAUAUCCCUUGCAUAACCCUAAUAAUAUAUCUGAACCAAUUUUAUUUCCUUUCAUUUUAACCUUAAUUAAUUACUCUCAAAACGAUGAUUUCUUAUAUUAUUUUUUUAAACAUGAAAAAAUAGGCUUGGUUUUAAACAACUUAUUAAUGCAAAAUUUAAUUUUAAACCAUUCUACAUUGUUUAGCAAAUUGGAUAUAACGAAUAUUGAUGAAUCUAAAAUCGAAUUAUCUGAAGUAGAUAAAAUUGUUUUAAAAUUGUUUAAAAUAUUUGCAUGCAAUGAAUCAUUUGCAUCUUAUUUACUUGAAUUGGAAAUUUAUUCUAAGGAUUUAUUCUUCAAAAUAUUUAAAAUUUUACAAAUUGUAAUCACAAAUACUUCAACUUGGGAUAAAUUUCAAUUAACAAAUAUUAUGAAUUGGUGUUAUAAGAUAUUUAUAAAGGUAUCAAAUGAGAUUAAAACUUAUUUUAGUAAUAAUUUACAAUCAAUUGAAGUUGCUAAAUGUAUGCACGAUAAAAUUAGCAUUUCAUUAGAUAUCAUGUCAUCACUAGUUCAUUUUGAACACGUUCAAAAAUUCCUGCUAUCAUAUAAUGGAUUAGAGGAAUUAAUCUCAUUAUUAGAGGUUUUUCAAAAUAAUUUAAUUCGUAUUAACUUCUUUAAAGAUAAAGAUGGGAAACUGAAAGAACUAAAAUCAACGAACUCGAUGGGUGCUAAAAUUGAUAAUUCUAAAUUACUUUAUAGCAGAAUUGAUUAUAAAACAAACACAAUUUUGCCUACAAAUUUUCCGGAAUGUAAGUCCAUUAUAAUCGAAAUUUUAACGCAAUUAACUUAUAAUAAGAAAGAAAUUCAAGACAAGAUUAGGGAACUUCAUGGUCUGCAAUUAGUCUUGUCAAAUUGUGUAAUUGAUGACAAUGAUCCAUUCAUUAAAGAAAGGAGUAUCAUGUGUAUUAGAUUUCUAUUGCAAGAAAAUAAAGAUAAUCAAGAUUUUGUUGCUAAAUUAGAAGCCAAGAAAGUUGUUAAAGAUGAUGUCUUGGACGAAGCAGGCUAUGAUGUUGCAAUCAAUAAAGAUGGUACUAUUGGAUUAGUAAAUAAAUCUAGCCAACAAAAUUAA